CGAGUUGCAAAAUUUAUUUAUAUAUUCCGCUGUAAAAUGGUAUUCAAGUGCCAGGAAGACAGUUUUCUUCGGAAGUUUACCUCCAAGGUGGUUUCCUGUGAAAAGGUCGACAGCGGAUUCAAUGUCAUUUUCGAAGACACGGUGUUGUUCCCGGAAGGUGGCGGACAGCCAGCAGACUCCGGUUGGCUAAAUGGACGUGAAGUUAGGAAUGUUGUCCGCAAAGGACCGACAGCAGUACACUUCUUGGAAGGAGAGGAAGUACCUUUCCAAAUCGGGGAGGAAGUGGAGCAGCGAGUGGAUUGGAAACGUCGCUUCGAUCAUAUGCAGCAGCAUUCUGGCCAACAUCUGAUAACUGCAAUUUUCGAUCGGGAAUUUGGUUUUGGCACGAAAUCCUGGUGGCUUGGAACUGAUGAUUCCUAUGUGGACUUGGACACAAAAGAUGUCACCAAGGAGCAGCUGGAAAAGGUGGAGAAAAUCUGCAAUCAGCUGAUAGUGGAUUGUACGGCAGUAGAUGUUACAGUUUAUCAACCUGGCGAUCCUGUGCUCCAAUCGGAUGGUACUCGAACCCGUGGCCUUCCGGAAGACGUCAGUGGCCCAAUUCGAGUGAUAACUAUCGAUGGAGUAGAGAGCAACAUGUGUUGUGGGACACAUGUUAAAAAUUUAGCUCAGCUUCAAGCGAUACAAUUUUUGAACGUAGAAAAAAGUAAGAGCAAAUGCCUUGUUCACUUCCUGGUUGGAAACAGGGUUCUGAAAAAGCUUGACGAAUGCUACAAGCGAGAGGUUAAACUAAAUAACCUUUUAAAUGGUGGACCAGCUUCUCACAUUGAUCUCAUAAUGAAACUUCAGACAACGGUUAAAAAUUCACAAAAAGUCUGUAAAAAGUUUACAACCGAACUUGCUGCAUUGGAAGCAGAGAAGGUAAACUCGUUGGUUCCGAAGCCACUGUACUACUUUGUUCACCGCUUGGAUGGAAUGGAUUCGGAUUUUAUUUUCACAUUCUUGCGAAGUGUUAAUCUACCCGAGUGUUUCUUCUUUUUGACCAACGGUGAUGAAACUCGGAAAGGUCAAAUGGUGCUGCAAGGACAGGCGAAGGAUAUUGCCAAAAUUGGAGAUGCCAUUUGCAAAGCACUGGACGGAAAGGGUAAUGGAAAGGGCACUCGAUAUAAUGCCAAAGUUAAUAAUUUGAAAGCCAUCGCGGAAUGUGAACGCAUUGUCAAGGAACACUUCGAAGUAAACAAUGGCUUCCAAACGGAGUAAGCUAAUUUUGUGUCAUCACUUCUUCAUCUGUUCCAAAAAACUACUCUGCUACAAGCAACGGAACAUGAACAUAUUACUAGUGUGGG